UAAACGCGGUUCCUGUGGCGACAACGGUGACCGCAGGGAGUAAUGGAGCCGAGGGUGGUCAAGCCGCCUGGUCAGGAUCUCGCCGUGGAGCGCCUCAAAAGCCUCUACGGACUGGGGGGCAGCUGCCCCGCCGAGUAUGAUUUUUCAAAUUUUGAUCAGGCCAAAUGUAAGAGAAGAUCUCUAACCUAUCCAGAUGAUUUGAAUACCUAUUCAUCCGGAGAUAAAGUUGGUUCAUCAUUAAGAUUUUAUUCUGAAGAAGGAAAGCAUCGUACAUCGCCUCUUUGCAGUUCAUUCAAGCACUUAAAUAUGAAUUGCCUAGAUGAUGAACUGGAUUCUUUUCAUAAUUUGAAGCAACGGGAAACAGAGGAGUUAAUUGAGAGUGAACACAAAGUUAGUGCCUCCAGAAUAUCCAAGCAACCUUUUAAAGAAAUAGAUAAAGUUGCCCAACCGACUAAUUUGACCUUAAAUUCAAGAACUUGGAGUGAAUGCUGUAGUGAUACGAGUGGUUCUCUUUCGAAAGGUGUUAAGCCUCCAACCUCUAAAGCAUCAAACAAGCAGAGUUUACUUCCACAUCAUGUCAAUCAGAUAUAUGAUGAAUUAUUUCAAAUACAUCAGAAGCUGCAGUGUGAAACUGCAGCGCAACAGGAAUUUGCUGAAGAACUUCAAAAGCGAGAACGUUUUUUAGCUGAACGAGAACAACUGCUUUUCAGACAUGAAACUGCCUUGAGUAAAAUUAAAGGUGUUGAAGAAGAGGUUCUUACAAGGUUCCAAAUUAUAAAGGAGCAACAUGAAGCAGAAGUUGAACACUUAACUGAAGCUCUUAAGGAAAGGACUAAAGAAAGCAAGAGGUUGAGAUCAUCUUUUGAUGCACUGAAAGAAUUGAAUGAUAGCUUGAAAAAACAGUUAAAUGAAGUAAGUGAAGAAAACAGGAAGAUGGAGGUUCAGGCUAAAAGAGUUCAAGCUCGUUUAGAUAAUUUACAGAGGAAGUAUGAAUUUAUGACAAUACAGAGAUUGAAAGGGAAUUCCCAGCCUGCUCAUGAAAUGAAAACUUUAAAACAAGAAAAAAUACCAAUUUCAAAAACUUAUAAGGUACCACUUAAUGCCCAAGUUUACGAGCUGUUAGCUAUGUUCAUGGACUGGAUUUCAGAUCACCACCUUAGUCAACUGAAAAAUGAGGAAUUUGGACUGGAGGGUGAAAAGCCAUUAAUCAAACAUUCUUCUCAGAGAAAUGAUAUUCAGGAGAAGUGUGUAAAGACAUCUGAAUAUACUGCACCUUUCUGUUUCCCGUCAUGUUACCUUCAGCUUUUGCCUGUGAUUGCCGAGCAGCUACAGUGGAUGCCAUUUGUGAAUGCCAGACAUCACGAGCCUUUUGUCAAGUUUAUAUAUUGGUCACUAAGGCAGCUAGAUGCUGGAACACAGCAUUCAACUCUGACAUCAACGUUGAGAAGAUUGGGUGAAGACAUAUUCAAAGGAGUAGUAACUAAGGGAAUUCAGGAUAAUUCCUUAGAGCAUUCUGUGGAGAAUAAACCAAAGACAGCUGCUUUUUUUAAGAGCUCCAGUUUACCACUGAGAUUUUUAUCAACCUUAAUUGUUCUUAAAACAGUAACUCAAGCUGAUUACCUGGCCCAGGCUUUUGAUUCUCUUUGCUUGGACUUGAAGACAGACGAAGGGAAAACCUUGUUUUUGGACUGUCAAGCUGUUCCAGUAAUAUUAGGCCACCUAAGGAUAUCCAGUAAAGGACUCCUAUCCAACGUCAUUGAUAGUUUGCUUCAGAUGACAGUGGAAUCUAAAUCCUUGCAGCCUUUUCUGGAAGCUUGUAGCAACACUUUAUUUUUCCGUACCUGCUCCGUGCUCCUUCGAACCCCUAAACUUGAUCUUCACAUACUAGAAAAGCUCAGUAUUAUUUUACAGAAACUUUCCAAAAUCAAGAGUAAUAAGAAGCUCUUCGAACUCUUUACAAUUCACCUGAUGCUGCAGGAAAUACAAAGGACAACACACCCAGAGCAUGCCUUUCUCUGUAUUAACCUAAAUUCAACUCUGUUCAAUUUGGGAUUAACAAAAUGCAACUCCCUCGUCUCCAAUGCAAGCCAUUAGACUGGCUUGUUAUUUUAUUUUUAUGUAUGUUGCUUAUUUUUAAAACUGUAAAAAUUGAAAAAGUAACUAAAAAUUUAUCGAGUAAAGUUAUCAGUAGCAUCAUUUAUCAUGAAAGAUAAACAGAAGGUUUUUUUCUUAAAAUGAAAUCUAUAGCAGCUCUAGAGUUUUCAGGAUAUUCCUGUUUAACUAAGGCAGUGCUAAUAUACAAGACGGCAUCUUCAGAAUUAGCGACAUUAAUGACGUUGGGCUAACUUUUUGUGUGAGUAUUUUAGGAAAACUGUCUUUUGAAAUUAUGUGAUUAUUUGGAAUAAAGUUGGUGCUUAUGUGGGAACAGGGUUAGAUCAUGUUAUUCUGUUGUCUUAAUAUAGUAGAAUCAUCCUUUUAGAAGUAAAAGGUAUGUAUUAACUCUUGAUAUCCUAACUUCCCUGUAUAUCCUAGAUUCCCAAAUGUUGAUUUUUUUUUUAAAUUAUGCUAUUCAUGGGGUACUUCAGGGAAAAAUUAAAUGUUUUUUUCUACUUUUAUUUUUUCAAAAUAAUCUUUAUUUCAGAGUGAGUGUGUAUAACGUCAGUGUAAGGUUGCAUGUUGCUAUAAUAUCAGUGAAGCUUCCAGACUAAGAGGGAGUAGGAAGAAAAGCCUGAUGAUCUACUUUUGAAAAUCAGCCAGUGAAAAUCCUGUGGAUCACAAGGGUCCAAUCUGCAGCAGAUCACGGGAAUGGGACAGGAUUGGACUGUGUUCCGUCCUGUUGUGCAUGGAGUCUCCAUGAGUCAGGGCCAACUCGCCGGUAGCUAACAGCACAAUGACAUGUAUGAUGUAGAUUUAAAUGAAAAUAUCAUCGUUCCACCACCCAAAGAUAACUCUUGCUAUAGCCAAAGGCGAUCACAGUGACCAGAGGUCUGGGUGAGGGGAAGGUGGUGGAACAUAGGGCUUAAGGCAGCGUAAGAGGAACAAGAAAAAAUCAGAUUAUCCUGAAAACCCAUAAAAGUAUACACUCCCAGUGUCUAAUUUCAGUUUAGAAUCCAGAAUAAAGUUUCAGGAAGCUGUUUGGCCUCUUCAAAAGAAUAUAAGACAAGUGUGCUCUUUAUGAAGCAGAAGCAGAAAGCCAUAAGGAAAGAACAGGCUGAGGUCAAUAUGGAAAGGCUUGUAGGAACCCAGAAGUACAGAUGCAAACAAAAAAUGCAGACUGGAAACAAAAAAUAUACUUCAGAAAGUUGUUUCGGUGUCAUGAGAACAAAGGAGAUGCUCUCUCAGAACUCAGAGCAUAUAGAGACGAUACCAAUGGGAGGGUGAAAGACAGUGGAACUGAGAUUGGUUCUCAAGCAUGGGGAUAUUUGAUGCUUCAAAAGGAGAAAAUAAAACAAGUGAAGGAGAAGCAAUAUUUAAGGAUAUAGUUGAAUAAGGUUUUUGGGAACUGAAGAAAGACCUGUAUUGAAAAGGCCUAUAUUGAAUGGGCUCAUGUUCCAGAACAAUCCAUGAGAAAGGAUUCAGUAAUUAGACCCAUUCUGGUAAAAAGUUUAAAUAAUAAGGAUAGAAGCAAAAACAAACAAAAACCAGUUAUCUGUAAGAGAAGGAAAACCAAACUUGUCUCAUGGAAUGCCAAGUUAAUAGUUCUAGAGGGGAUCCUUUUUAACCCCAAAACUUAUACCUACUGAUGAUACCUUUCAUAGGUGAAGACAGUGGAAAGACAUUUUCAGACAUGCAGACACUGAGAAAUUAUACAUACCAUUUAUGUACUCUCCUUGAGAAAGAAGCUACGUAUAGAUUACUCUAACCAACUUAGAGAUGAAGGAAAACCGAAUUUGUAUCACCUAGUACCAAAAGAAAAAAAAAACUGUAGCAAGCACUGAAACCAGUUAAACAUAAAUAAAUUUAAGUAAUUGUAAAUAGGUUUAAAGUGGAAUGAAAUGCCAGAUUCUUAAAAAGGGGAUAAAUAGUGGAAAAAAGUGAUAGUAAUUUGAAUUAUGUCACUGUGAGUCAGAAUUGACCCAAUGGCACACAACAACAACAUUAACCGAUAACAAAAACUGAGAAUUAAUGGGGCCUUGAGUCUGAGGUGGAGCCCUGGUUGCACAGUGGUUAAGAGCUCGGCCGCUAACCAAAAGUUCAGCAGUUUGAAUCCACCAGCUGCUCCUUGGGAACCCUACGGGGCAGUUCUCCUCUGUUCUAUAGGGUCGCUAUGAGUUGGAAUCCAUUUGAGGGCAACAGGUUUGCUUGUUUGCUUUUUUUGAGAGUGAAGUAUAGAUGGAGGACUUAGUAAGUACAAGUAUUAUCAGAAAUAGAGUAAAAAUGUCCAUGUCAGUAUUAACUUUGACAGUUAGAAAACUGUAGGAGAAAGGAUGCUUUUGGAAAAUGACAAGGUUACUGUUAUUAAAAACAGGAUAAAUAUUCUCCAAAACACUGAAAAAGAUAAAAGGAAAUAUUUGUGUAGACACAGCAAAAGAGAGAAAACCAGGAGCAUGUGAAGAACAAAAAUAUUUGUUUAGGAUAAAUAAGUUUUUAAAAUUAUAAAUAAAUUUCUGUUAUUGACCAAUGCUGAUAAAAUUUAAAAUUUAGCUGAAAUGGACUAUUCUCAAGGAAAAAAAAAAAACUACCAAAAUUGUCUCAAGGAACCCAUAAUAGAAAACCAUAGAAGUCUUUUAUAAAAUUAUCAUGGAACUCUUUAAAAAAUUAAAAGAAGUCCAGGUAUUUUUUAAGUGAAUUGUUUUAAAUCUUCAAGGAAGAAGUAUUUUAAGCUAUUUAGAGCAUAGAAAAAACAUCCUCAUUCAUUUUAUACAGUAAGCCUGGACCCAGUACCAAAAAACUGAAAGUGAGAAUGAAUUAAAAAAAAAAAAAAAGACAAAAGUCUUAAAGAAAUUACAAACAACACAACACCAACUGUAUAUGACGGGAACAUUAAUCUUUGACCAAGUAGGAUAGCAUGGAUUCUAGAAAUGCAAUCUUGGCUUUCUAGUAAGAUACACAUGUUCUGUUAGUAAAGCGAAGAAGGAAAGCCAUAGUCUCAAUGCCUUAAAGUUAAAAGAAUCCAAAAUCAACAGCAAAUAAAGUUACUAUGAAACACUAAAAACAUGUCUAUUAACAUUUCUGUCACUGUUGAUGACAACUCAUAGCCACACCUCAUGGUAGAGCAGACCUGCCCCACAGGGUUUCCAAGGCUGUAAUUUUUAUGGAAGCAGACUGCCACAUCUUUCUCCUGCAGAGUGGCUCGUGGGUUCGAACUGCCGACCUUUAAGCAGCUGAGCGCUUACACUGUGCCACCAGGGCUCCUUCUAUUAAGGUUAGGACUAGAAAAUAAAGGAGGGCGGGAAUGUGGUUAGGAAGAGGUUUGUGAUCAAAAGGGUUUCUGAGGCUGGCAAUAUUGUUUCUUGACGUGGGAGGUGGGUACGUAGGCAUUCACUGUGUAAU